AUGAGUGCAGAUCAAGGUUUAAGUAACUUGACUCUCUACGAUGCCAAGAAGUACUUCAGAAGGGCCCAGAAUGUUGUUUUCAAUUACACCGAAAUGGAGGCUAAGGUACGGGAAGCUACGAACAAUGAGCCCUGGGGAGCGUCCUCGACGCUAAUGGAGCAAGUUGCUCAGGGAACGUAUAAUUACCGCGAACGGGAAGAGGUCUUGGGCAUGAUAUUUCGUCGCUUUACGGAAAAGACUGCUAGCGAAUGGCGACAGAUUUACAAGGCGCUGCAACUUUUAGAGUAUCUUAUUCGGCACGGCUCGGAGCGCUUUAUUGAUGAUAUCAGAGCAAACUUGUCUCUGGUUAAGAUGCUGGAAUCUUUUCACUACAUUGACUCUCAGGGUCGCGACCAGGGCAUAAAUGUCAGAAACAGAGCCUUAGAACUUGUAAAAUUGUUGGAAGACGACUCUAAAAUCCGGUCUGAGCGUAAGAAGGCCCGGGAAACGGCCAAGAAAUAUAAAGGCGUCGCAGGAGGAGCACCAUCGUCCUAUCUACCUCCUUCUGCAGCCAAUAGGACUGCUGGCUUUGGCAGGUCCACAAAUCGUGGUAUUUCCGUGAGUGCUGAUUUUGACAGUGAUGAAGAAGACCUCCAGGAAAAUGAUGCGAGAGGAGGUUUCAAAGAUAACUCCCCAGCAGCACUUUCGAAUGCUCACAAUGAUAACAACGAAAACGACAACAACAACCACGGCGGUGAUGAAUUCAAUAAUGAUGAGGAUGAUGAGUUUGCGGAUUUUCAAAGCGCUGCACCCGUGACGCAACCCAUCACAUCAAACUCCCAGGCUAUCUUCGAUGCUUAUUCGAGGACACCAUUGGAAGGAAACAAACCUAACUAUGAAGAAUUAAACCUGUUUUCGACAGUGUCGCAACCUGUGGCCACUGGGCCAACUCCAGCUGUAGCACAGAAAAAAAGCGAUCCAUUCGGCUCGCUGUUUGCCAAUGCCAAGCACACGACAGAAACGUCCAAGCCAUCUCAUCCAGUUAAACCCACCCCAUCCAGCCCACAAACUACUGAACAACAUGUUAAGGAACCAAAUCACGAGCAAGAAGAUGAUGACGGGUUUGGUGAAAUGUCAGCAGCAAUGCCUGCUGCUUCGACCAUGAAACCAGCUUCGAAUGGUCAAGAAGUCGACCUUCUAAGCUUUUAG